AUGUCGAGCAAAAUAGAGUACCGAGGGAAUGAGCUAGCUUUGAAGGCGUCCCAGUCGAGGAAGCGCGCUCGCGUGGCAAGCAAAGUGGAACAGAUGAAAAGCCUCCGCACCGGGGCGGCUGCCGGCCAGUCUCCCGUCGAGAUGGAUUCUAAUUCUCAGUACCAGCAGCCUGCCUAUCACUACACUUACCCCAAUCCACCAUAUCAGCCUCAUCUCGCCAAUCCAAUCCCCCCUCCAUCAUGGCAGCAUUAUGCGCCACAAAACACUCACCCUCCUCCUGCUGAUUAUCCUCGAAUGUAUUCUGGCGUGCACAACCCUCCUGCAAACGGCUAUGCUGCUCAGUACACAUCGCCAUACGUCCACCAGCCGCAGGCCGCGCACACUUCGUACCCUCCAUAUCAGCCCGCUCCCUUAGACACUAGUCCUCCUCAGUCUACACCUGGGCCUCAGAUUCCUAGUAGCACCGGGCCUGACAGAGGUUCCACCCGCCGUCAGAACCGUCAGGCCACACAGGCCCAGUCUGCACCCUACCCCCGUGCAGACAGAGAUGCUCCUCCCGCACAAAACAUGCGCUCAGAGUCCUCCGAUCCGCAUUUUGCACCCCGUCCUCCUUCACAAGACCCCGCCGCAGGUUAUCCUCCUUCGUAUCAAUACCCGCAGCAAGUACCGCCUAUGUCUAUCCGCCAAUAUACUCCUCGCAAGGCGACGCCUAUGUUGGCUCAGCCCAUACAACAACCGACGUUAACGAAUCACUCGGGCCACAGUCGAUCGACUUCAGACUCCGCCAACUCCGCAUCUGCGUCCACUCCCGUUUCCGCUUCUGCCGCAUCCAAUCUUUCCCUCAAUCAUCGGUCCACCUCUCCCGCCUUAAGCACUACGUCACAUACGACCGUCUCCUCCGGUGGUGGUUCCGCCGCAAUUCUUGAAACGCAACCACGCACGCGUGGCGGCAAGCAUUCUGAAGUCCCUCGCGGGACGACCAAGAGCCGGAAGCAACGCCUGUACAGCUCCGACCGUAAGGAGAUAUGCGUCAUGGCUCGAGACAACCCCCACAUGCGCCAAGAGGACAUUGCAGCACGGUUCGGAGUAGAGCGGAGCACGAUUAGCAAGAUUCUCAAGAAUAAGGAAAGGUGGCUCAGAGCAACUGACGAGGUUUGCAAGGUUGCAAAGUUCAAAGACCCGAAGUUUCCUGAGCUUCAUAGCCAACUAGACCGAUGGCUAGCUGACUGGCCGAAGGACAAGCCUAUCCAUGACGAAGACAUAAAGCAGGCGGCCAUCAGGACUGCAAAGUUCCUUGGAAUCCCCGAACACAAAUUCAAGGCUAGCGACGGUUGGGUGGAAGGCUAUAAACGCAGGAACGGCAUAAAAAUGCAGCAAUGGCGCGAUGGGGAGGGGAUGGUGUACGUCAUGAACCGUGUUCAAGGCAGACUGAACGAAUCUCAGACGUUGGCCGAGGAAGAGGCGGAGGCCUUCAGUGGACCGCCGCAGCCCACUGCAGUCGAUAUUGCCUACGCGCGAGGAGACCCCAUCACCAUCUCGGAGGACGCUCAUGCCUUCAUGCUGGGGACACCCAUCCUCUCACCGGACAUGCGCAUAAGGCGUCAUGUUCUCGACCCUAUGCCUUACUGUUACGGUGCCGAGCCUGAUCCUGGCCCCUCCGGUACAGGCAGGCCCGAACCCUUCGUCGUAGACGAGUUCUCCGACGACGAGGACGAGAGGCAUGCGCAAACCUCCGAGACCCCUUCAUCGACUGCACGUAGGCGGUUACAACAGGACCCCAAGACCGGCAUCUUGGCUGAGCCUUCAACCGUUCCCUGGCUCCUUCCGAUUCCUCGCCUCCUCUCACAGCCCUCCCUCGAGAACCCCCCUCGCGCGCCAGAUGGCAGGCGGAUCUACAAGCGAACAAAAAAAGACGCCUUCAUCCCCAUCGAAAUGACCAACUUCGUGGACGCGGAAGUGGCAGAGGAGUUGAUGUUCCAUGUGGUUCGGUUUUGUGAGAUCCAGGGCUCUGCCUUCUUGCCUGAGACGCGACUUGACGACCUUCGUGAUAUAUGGGAUGCCCUUCGUGAACUCAAGAAGGGGAAACGAAUGCCUAUCCCUGAGGAGCAACGUCGGAAGAACGAAGCGGAAUGGCUGCAGGGGCAGCGGGAGCAACGCUUGAGAGAGCGCGGUUUAUUGCCACAGUCAUGAAUGCCUGUGGCCUUUCGCUGCUUUUGUUUCCGACUCAUAUGUUCAUCGCUCCGUCUACAUCCAAAUGUCCUGCUCCCUCGCCACUUGACUUGCCCGCAUCGCUUUCUCUGUUUUAGCCUCGCCCAUUGUUCCGAGGAACCUUCGAUCGUCGCCGAUAAUGGCACCUUUUUUUCAUUCAUUGCAGUCUCAUACGAACUUUCUCCUCAUCGCAUGCAUUCGUUUGUUACAUACAAGCAAUCUUUCACGUUCCCGUUCCCGACGCUUUCGCCUGUUCUCCUCCCUGCAUUGACCGUUACUUCCUUGUUAGCCUUGCCCUUCCCUUCACACCCCCAUUACCGUGUUGUUACAUUGUCCAUCCCGCAGCAUCCUUGUUUUUCUGCCGUUAUCCCCAUGCAUUUCUUCUCUUUGGUUCCUUGCAGUAUUAUCUCGUCUCAAUUCUUUCAUGGUUAUUUGGUCUCCCAUCACAUAUCUCUUUGGGUUCAUCCCGAUACGAUAUUCAUCCUGAUGAUACUCGCGCCUGGUCCUGUACCUUUCUGCGCCCUGCUGGAUUCAUGCACGCCUCACCGUAUCAUUUCUGCGUCUUUGCACUCGGGCUUGCCCUUCGUCGAAUAGCACUCAGCAUAUACUUGUCAUUUCCCAUCAGUCGUUCAAUUCGUGUACGAUCUGUUUUAUUUUGCAUCUUCUUACGACCACUUAUGAUCGCCUCGCCCGUUAUCUUCACCUUCAUCCCGACUCACCCUGUCUAACUGUUCGCCCUCUUUUCUCUCUUCUGCGUCUGGGACGACGUCUCUGUUCUUCACUUCCACCCUUUCCGUCCGACCUCGCCCUCAAGUCUGCUUUCCAUCCAUGUCUCCUCACAAUGUGUUACUAUACUGUAGUAGUACCACCUUCCAUUGACGUUCUCAUUCUCGGGCCAAUAUGGAAUAUUGUCGCCCCCCUCAUCCCUCCCCAAUCCGUGUCAUAGCAGUCUCCGAAUCAUUCUGUCCUCCCUCUGCCCCCUCUUCCCUUCGCCCGCUCUUUCUUUCCGCUCACAUACCUGUUCCC